AUGGUUUUGCUAUAUGGCCCACGUCUUUUGAUUCCCCAGUUUUUUUAUGCAAAGAAACUUAUGUUUUUUCUCCUCCACAACAGGGCUAUUGCUAUAAACUUCCCUGAUUGGUUCUUGUUUGCCUGUCUACUACUCUUCUCUGCUCCAGACUUUCAGGGCAUUUCCCAUUUAAAGUACAUGAUACACUCCACUGAUAAAUCAUAUGAUGAGGAAGUGCCUUAUUGCGCUGCUGCAGCGAGCUAUAUUGCAUGGAUAUUGGACCCUGUUACCGAAUCUAAUCAAGACUUGCUAGUUGAUUAUUUGAACAAACUAUCAGGAUUAUGGACUUCAAAGCGCUUUAGCUCAGGUAAAUGCUACCAGGCAUCACGGGGCUGCAAGGAAGAAAGUGAAAUUGAAUUGGUUUGUCUUGAAAACAGAAUCCUCAAAUAUGACAAUCAUUCAAAUUGGAUCUGGUUGAAGGAAUUUCAUGACGUGUGCGUUAGAUAUUGCAGACAAGUUACUGGUUUUGCAUCUGUAGCAGCACAAAUAUCACAAGGAGAUUGCAGCCAGCAAAGUAGAUUAAUUAGGAUGAUCCCAUUAGGCAUUUUGAUUGGAUUCCUUGAUUCUGUAGAUGAGGUAGGAUGUGAAUUAUUUUUGCAUUAUGCUGCAACUGGUACUAUCUUAAAAUGGACAGAAACACAAAUUCAUGGACGGAAGCAAAACGGAAGGAUCUGUGAAUGGCAGGAAGAGUCAACUACGUGGAGUCAAACAUGUACGGCAGAAGAGGCUGUAGCUGGAGCCUCUGUUGUCUUUGAUCUAACUGAUGUAACUGAGAAGAUGUCAGCUUCUUUAUUUGAAAAUGAGGAGAGGGGGUUAAAGUUUAUUCAUGGCAUGAAACUGAAGGUUGGAAAUUAUCUCCUCAAGUGCGUCAAGAGGCUUCUCCAUUUUAAAGCUGAUGAAGCAGCAAAACUUUUAAUGUAUAGGGACCUCGUCCAUAGCUUAGUACGGUGGGAACGUCAAGGACAAGAUCCCCAAGACUACAAGGACCUGGAGGAUGUCAUCGACGCCUUGAAAGGUGCAUCAGCUUUCUUGUGA